GCCGCCAGCUACAGCUAUUGAUGGGACUAGAAGAAGUCAUGUUGCCCGAACUGAAAUAAAGUUUACUUUAAAUGUUGAAACAAGUCUGGAUCCAUAAAAUUAUAUACUCUUUUCAUUGAAUUGAUCGGUAUCCAGUUCCGAGAAUAUUAAACAAACAGAGUGAACGAGAAUCAGUCGACACGUGGUUUUACUUGUUUUGGAGUACCUAUUCGAAUCGAUAUCACAGCUGUAUAGUGUUGUUGGAAUCUUUCAAUUGUUCGUCGAGGGCUUCAAAAAACAGUCGACACCAUGAGUUCCUCAGUUUUCUCAGUGAAUGAUAACACUGGAGAUAGUGGAUCUUCUUUCUCAAAUCUGCUUCCUGUUAAUGUGAUCAGUGAGGAUGGUAUUCAUGAGAGUGUGAUGCUCGAUGCGAAUGGACUACCCUCUCUGCCCGGCCUUGAUGAAUUCUGCCAGAAUAAUGAUCAUGUCAAUGCAAUUUAUAAUAUGCUUGGUCAUAGUUCAAAUUCUGAAUUUAUCCCCCCUGAACUUUGUGUGGAGCAUCAUUCCAACAACGAAAAUCAAGAAUUACGACCUUCAAAUCAUGGUCAUAAUGGGGAUACCAUAUUUCAGAUAAAUCAGUCCAAUAAUCACUGUCCAUCCACCAGCAAUAACCAAGACUGCCCAUCUUCAAAUCACGAUUCAUCAACAAGUACACCUUCGCUGAGUUUUCAAAUUCGAAUCGGAGAACCCGAAGAAAGCACAAGUGGACCAGAACCACCAUUGGGUACUGUCAUCCGUAGAGGUAUAUCAGUGAUUGGCCAAGACCAACUGAUGGCCACGCCUAGUACCAGUCAAAACUACGAGGGUGUGACUAGCGAGCCAAACAGGGUUGUAAAUGGUGUGGUUCCGCAUGCACCCGAAAUGUUACACUCGGAAGAUCCAAAUGAAGAAGAGAUUGAUGAGGCGUUCCAAAAUGUUUUUAGUGGCUUUAGUCAGGCAGCAGAAAAAGAAAUUCUUGUCCUGUUGGAUGCUGACACACUAAAACAUUGUUUGGAUCACCUCCGCAAGUCCCCGUUACUUAUUUGCAGUUUUUGUCACGAACUCUUUGAAGACAUAUCACCGUUUCAAGUUCAUAUUCAGACCUGCUGCUCUCCGCCAGGACUUGAACUUAAGCAAAAAAUGGAUCAAGCUGCCAUGGAUCAGCUUGCCCGCUCCUUGUGGAAAUCUGUUUUCUUAAAAGAAUUACAGAAUACGCCAAUCGGGCAAAAUUUAAAGCAACACGAAGGACACUUGCAUAACGAACUAAAUCAGAUUUGGUUAUCUGGGUCUUUUGAGCCCAUGCUUAAAUGUCGUGAAAUUUUUAUUCGAGCUGCUGUUGCCAUAGUCUCUCGUAGGUGGGUUACGAACGCUGUCGCCAACGAACUUCAUCGUGUCAGAGCAAUUAAACCUAAGCAACCGAAAAAGCGUGUCAAGAUUGAUUCUGACACGGAUCAGUCUGUCGCAGAUCCAAGCUCAUCCAAAUCUGAGAAACCAUCUGUAUCGAAGAAGAGAAAGACUCGUGGCAGGCCAAAUAGUAAGAACGCCAAAAAGACAACUGAAACAGAUCUUGCCAUCCGAGGACUUAUCAAUGAUCAGGAUGAGACGAGCAGCAACACUACUCAGUAUCACUUCACUCCGGAAACGCCCGUGUCCGACCAUGGAAUAGACGUGAUGCCAGUGUUGCCUCCCAGUGUGGAUGCGACAGAACAGUCCCGCCUAACAAACAGUAGAGAAGACUCCGUUACGACACCCAUAUCAGACAGUGGAGUAGAUUUUACACCCGAAAUGGAUUACGAAUUGGACCGUUUAGUCAGAGGAGUGCCUGAUGUUGACUUACUCGCAGAAGCCGCCAAAGGUUUUGAAAAUCUUGAUAACGCAUCUGACGCGUGGGAAAAUAAUGCCACGGCGGAUGAACCGUUAAGCGAAAACGAGUUCGUUGUUGGCAAGAUCUUAGAUCGUCGGUUGCUCUACAAAGUUGAAGAUUUCAAUCCACUAGAAGAAGAUUACGAGUACCUCGUUUCAUGGGAGGGUUACGGUGAAGAAGACAACACCUGGGAACCUUACGAACAUCUAAAGCACUGCACUCAAAAGCUGACAGAAUACCGUGAACGGCUAAAACAAAAGGCACUAAGAUGUCGACGAGGGAAACGAAUUUGAAUUACCCAAUGUACUUAAACAAGUUCUGAUUUCACAAAACGUGAAAGAUUAACGAUAUUAUCACGAACUGUUGUUUUUUCUUUCUUUGUCUUUUUUUUAUAUUGUGAAUUUGAAGCGCUCUCGUUCUUAAGUUCUUAACCCCACCGGAUUAAGUAAUCCAGAUUUGCUCAUGUAUGUUAAUUGGAUAUUACGUGCCAAACUAUUUUUCCUUUUUCUGUUGUGCGUGGAUAAGUAUAACCAAGUUUUAAUACCUAGAAUUCCAUUUCA